CUAUUUUCAAACUGAGACCAAAUUUCAAAAUGGCCACUUUGGAAGAGAACUACGACCGCAAAGACAACCGGGAAAACAAAAAUCCGGGGGGAGGGGAAUAUUAUUAUUUUGGAAAAACGGGGGGGGAGGAAGGUGUCCAAAUUCCAAACCGUGCCACGCAAGCGAAGAUGGCGGAAAAUUUGUCACAAAAAUUGUUCCAAAAUGUGUCAGAAAAAUCGUCGAAAUAUCCUAAACCCGAAGUAAAGUUUACUUACGGAACGGCAGGUUUUCGUCUAAAGGCAGAGUUGCUGCCUUCUGUGAUGUAUCGCAUGGGUUUGCUAGCUGUGUUGCGUUCUCGUGCCUGCGGAAGUAAAACUAUUGGCCUCAUGAUCACCGCCUCGCACAACCCCGUGCAAGACAACGGUGUGAAACUGAUUGAUCCCAUGGGAGAGAUGCUCGAAGCUGAUUGGGAGAAAUAUGCUACAGAGUUGGCUAAUAGUGACGAGGUUGGGAAAUGUUUGAAGGAUCUCACUGAGCAGGUGAAAUUGAAAAGUGCCGAAUGGAAUGUUGUUGGGAAUGUAGUGGUAGCACGAGACACUAGACCCUCUGGAAGUGAGCUUGCUCAAGCGGCACUUGAUGGUGCGGAAGCAUUUGGUGGUAAAUUUAAUGAUCUAGGUAAGUAGCACAAUGCCAUUGCAGAAAGUGAGACCUCUGGUCUCAGUCAUGUAAAUGACACGGGCAGUCCAUGUAAAUGACACGGUGGAGUGAUGCCCACCCAGGGGUGCAACUGUUGGGGGUGUGGGGGGACUUGUGACACCCCCCAAUGAUACGAUACUGGGCUGUUUAUUUUCUGUUUCCGUUUGUGGCUUUGGUUGAUAUCCACACCCAUUUGUUGGGCAUGAAAAACUCACCCCCCCCCCCCCCCGCUCCCCAAUGCAUACAGUCAAGUUGCACUCCUGGCCAUGCGAAGCUGUAUUAUAACUCCAUGCCAGAGAUCUUUGAAGUUUUGUACAGAAUGCACCCUAGAAGAUCUAGUCCAGACACAAGGGGUGCACCAGAUAAACUGUUGUGGUAACAGAAAAAUAUCACACCUUGUCUUCACAAAGUGGGAUUUUUUUGGGGCACCUUCUAAACCAAGGUGUCAAGUGACUGAGUGACACACAUUUGUUUUUGAACACAUUGAUUGUCCACACAUAACUCAACCAUAAAAUAAACAUGUGCCUUAAAACAGUUUUUUCAUCAUGAAGAAAAGCGAACUACAUUUCCUGACUACAUUUUCUCGAAGUAGCUGUAGAGAAUGACAAAAAUUUUAUACAAUUCCUCUUAUUUAUAGGAAUUCUGACAACGCCUCAACUACAUUUCAUUGUUCGAUGUAUCAACGAUCCAAAGUAUGGAACAGCAAGUGAAGAAGGCUACUACAAGAAAAUCUCCUCAGCGUUUGUCAAGUUGACAAAGUCUGUUGCCUUAAGUCCUGUCAAUGUUGAUGGAGCAAAUGGCGUCGGAGCUCCGAAGAUGUCGGAGUUAGCCAAGCAUUUGAAGAAUGUCCUGCCAGUAUCUGUCUUUAACGACGGUAGCACUGGCAAACUGAACGAAAACUGUGGCGCAGAUUUUGUUAAAGUGGGUCAAAGAGGUCCUGAGGGUGUAGAAAUUACAGUUGGUGGUAGGUAUGUAUCGGUCGACGGUGAUGCCGACAGAAUUGUAUAUUUCUAUCAUGAUAACUCUGGCGGAUUUCAUCUCCUCGAUGGUGAUAAAAUUUCAACACUCAUUGCAAGUUAUCUGAAAGAGAAGUUAGAAGAAUCAUGCUUGAAUCUCGACCAUGGCCUGGGUGUGGUCCAAACUGCGUACGCAAAUGGUAGCUCGACGGCGUACCUUGAAGAUAUCCUUAACGUUCCCGUCGCAUGUGUUAAAACUGGCGUGAAACACUUGCACAAGAAAGCUCACGACUUUGAUAUAGGCGUGUAUUUUGAAGCGAACGGCCACGGCACGGUAUUGUUUAGCGUAGAAUUCAAGUCGAAAUUGGAAAAGGCGAAACAAGGUCCAGAUUUAGGUCCGAAGAAGAAAGCAGCAUUAGAAGAAUUAGAAUCAUCUAUGAAUAUUAUCAACGAGACGGUUGGAGAUGCCAUGUCCGACAUGCUUAUCGUUGAAGCAAUUCUCUCCAAGAAAGAAUGGGAUCUGCCCACCUGGGAUAAGUGCUACCAAGAUCUACCAAAUCGACAGAGGAAAGUCCAAGUGAAAGAUCGAACUGUUAUAGUAACAACUGACGCGGAAACGAAGACAACAUCUCCUCAAGGUUUGCAAGGUGAAAUUGAUACCUUGGUAGCAAAAGUUAAGAAAGGGAGAUCGUUUGUUCGACCCUCGGGCACAGAGGAUGUCGUUCGUGUUUAUGCCGAGGCUGAAACUCGGGAAGAUGCGGAUUCUUUAGCAUUAGCAGUUGCUGGGAAAGUUUUCGAUUUGGCUGGAGGUGUUGGGACUAGACCGACGUGAUAUCAUUAGCAAGGACUUUAGCAAUACACUUGAUACAAUUACUAGAUAUUUAGAAAUAGACUUUGAUGCAUUACAACUUUAUAAUAAUCCAAUCACAAUUAUACGUACGAUAAGCACAGAGGAUGUCGUUCGUGUUUAUGCCGAGGCUGAAACUCGGGAAGAUGCGGAUUCAUUAGCAGUUGCUGGGAAAGUUUUCGAUUUGGCUGGAGGUGUUGGGACUAGACCGACGUGAUAUCAUUAGCAAGGACUUUAGCAAUACACUUGAUACAAUUACUAGAUAUUUAGAAAUAGACUUUGAUGCAUUACAACUUUAUAAUAAUCCAAUCACAAUUAUACGUACGAUAAGCACAGAGGAUGUCGUUCGUGUUUAUGCCGAGGCUGAAACUCGGGAAGAUGCGGAUUCAUUAGCAGUUGCUGGGAAAGUUUUCGAUUUGGCUGGAGGUGUUGGGACUAGACCGACGUGAUAUCAUUAGCAAGGACUUUAGCAAUACACUUGAUACAAUUACUAGAUAUUUAGAAAUAGACUUUGAUGCAUUACAACUUUAUAAUAAUCCAAUCACAAUUAUACGUACGAUAAGCACAGAGGAUGUCGUUCGUGUUUAUGCCGAGGCUGAAACUCGGGAAGAUGCGGAUUCAUUAGCAGUUGCUGGGAAAGUUUUCGAUUUGGCUGGAGGUGUUGGGACUAGACCGACGUGAUAUCAUUAGCAAGGACUUUAGCAAUACACUUGAUACAAUUACUAGAUAUUUAGAAAUAGACUUUGAUGCAUUACAACUUUAUAAUAAUCCAAUCACAAUUAUAC